CGGUCGGGCAUGAUGGAGCGGUUCAAUGAAGAAUCGACCCCGGACGAUUUGAGCGUUAAACCGCCGAUGUACGUGAAGAUCAAGUCCAACAAGUACGUUGCUCCGCUGAGAGGGUGCAACGCGACCAGAGACGAGGAGGAGGACUUGAUCUGUGAGUACAAAUUGUCAAACACGGACACGUGCGGGCUGAACUCGAACUGCAUCAACCGGGCGCUGCUCGUGGAGUGCAAUCCGAAGAUUUGUCCAGUUGGCGAAAGUUGUCAGAACCAGUGCUUCGAACGAAAGUAGAACCCGGCGCUGGCGGCCAAACGGAUACCCUCCAAGGGCUGGGGUCUGGUCGCGCAGGAGGACAUACACCAUGGUCAGAUUGACCACGACGAAACAAACCUUUGUUACUAAGUUGUGUAAUGAAUUACACAAGAAUAAGAAAUUAUGUAAAUGUAAUCGAAAUAAAUUUAAAACGCUGUGGCAGUUGCAGCCGCAAUCAGUGGAGCUACUCCGGUAGCCUGAUGUAAGAUCGGAACCACGCCGAGAAGGGAGAUGGGUUGGAUCAGAAUUUGAGGGUUCACGUAAUGUGAGGAAUACGCCGACUCGACAAUCACGUUUUUGUCGCCGGUGUUAUCAUCGGCGGUCUCAUUCAACACGGUCGGUCAUCAUCUAUGGCACCAGCGGAACCAACGAGGCCACGUACUUUUUCGUCCGCUUUCGCACCAUCUCUAGGCACUCUCCGAUAGUGAAACCAUCACCUCGUAUAUCCUUUGCCGUAAUCAUAAUCACCCGUCGCGACAAAUCACCAAACUGACGCUGGACGUCCUUGUGCAACAGAAUGAACACUCCGACGGUACAAAGUGUUGGGAGGCAACCACCCAAACAGCUCCAUGGAGAUGAUCGUGGUGUCGAU